UUGCCACCAUUGGUUGUAACACAGGCAGCCAGUGGAGGCGACGCAAGACGAUUCCAAUCCUCCGCCAUGUCACUAGCAGAUGACAGCUUCAUCUCGGGAUUGGCCUGAUUUCGCCGUAAAUCAUCCAAGAUGGAUGUCAUCGGCACAAUAACAGGGGUAAUCGACCUUUUCGUCGUCGCGCACCAAAUCCAGGGUCUCUGCGACAAGUACAAAAAUGCACCCAAGACAGUACGGGACAUCAUCGACGAGUGCGAAUGGACCAAGGCGCUUUGCAUCGGUCUGAAGGACCAGUUAUCGCGGACGCCGGAUGCUUUGGAACACGGGGGGAGGACGAGGCCCGGCCUGGGCGCCCAGCAGAAGCCUGGCCACACUCUGCUAUGGUGUUUUGGCAAGAGCAUGCAGGGCAUUCGCGAGACGCUCGAAGACCUGGAUAAGGAGGCCGCUAAGCUACGGAGCAAGAAGAACUCGCUCAUGGGCAAGUGGGACAAGGCUAAGUUCUUGUGGAAAGAGGACUAUUUCAAAGAUGCCGUGCAGAACGUCAAGGACCAAAGGGACAUGGCCGCCAUUGUCAUGUCGGGAAUCCAGCUGCACAGCACCAACACGCUGAACGAAGAGUUGCGAAGAUUGAUCGCACUAAUUGAGGCCGGUCAGAAGCCAGCCUCAGAGUCGACGCCUCGAGUUGAUCAACUACAACCGCCGGGUCAGGGGCUCAAAAAGAGCAAAUCGGACACGCAGAUCAAGAAGUCGUCGCCCAGACUUGCCGAGGACCUUUACACAGCUGUUCGGGGCGGCCGGCUUGUCGACCUGGAGCCCAUCCUGUCUCAGGGCGUCUCGAUCAACCUGACUCUCCGAGAUGGCGGAGACCGAGCCGUGCACAUCGCCGCUCGCGAGGGAUUCCUGCCCAUAUUGGAUCGUCUUCUGGCCUACGGCGCCGACGUCAACGUCCAGAAUGUGUCGCAAGAAACUCCGCUGCACCAAGCGCUGCGGAGAGGGCAAACGCCGACGUCGCUGGCGCUGCUUUCCAAUGGGGCAAGCUGGACUAUCUCGGACGACAAAGGGGUGACCGCGUUGCAUGUGGCAGCAAAGAAGUCUGCAUAUCUUAUCGUUCAGUAUUUGCUGGACAGGGGAGCCGACCCAAACGUACUGGACAAACAAGGCCAGACGCCCCUGUUUAUGGCGUGCCAUCCCAUGGACAAAAAAGGCAAGAAGCCCAAGGUGGACUUAAAAGUCAUUCGCGCCCUGGUCGAACGAGGGGCUGACCCAACCAUCAUCGGCGCUGCAAAGUCGGGGAGUACUCCGGUCCACGAGCUCGCCAUGGACGGAAACGCAAAGGAGCUCGAGAUUGUCGGCAAGGCAGCGAGGUCGAUCGAGUUGCCAUUGGAGGGAGACUGCGAGGGCGCCACACCACUCCAUCUCGCCGUCAGAAACAACCAUCCGGACGCCGUCGACGUCCUGAUCAAGCUCGGGGCCAACGUCAACGCGCGGCAGACUUCGAAAGACGGCGCGGUGCCAACGGCUCUGUGGCAGGCCGGGUGGAACCGAAACCUAGACAUCGCGACCAAGCUCCUCGAAGCCGGCGCCGACCCUGACGCCCGGGGCAAAGACAAGUCCACCGUCCUACACCUGGCGGUGGCAAAGCGCUGGCCAGAAAUGGUCAAGCUUCUCGUCAAGCAUAAGGCCAGCUUGAAUGCUCAGACAUCGGACAGGAGAAGACCUCUUCACGCGGCGGUGUGGAUCAAGGACCUUGCCAUGGUCCGGCUCCUGCUCGAAAAGGGGGCCGCGGUAGACGGCAAGGGCGCCAGCAGCGCGACGCCUCUUAUGGACGCCGCUCAGGCCGGCUCCUUGCCAAUGAUCAGGCUCCUCAUGGAGCACGGAGCGGAUUGGUCAUACACGACGCCCCAGGGGACGGAUGCGUUUAUCUGGGCAUGUGGCGGGGGCCAUGUAGCCUGCGCGAGCUUCUUGCUGGGUUGCGGGCAAGACUUACACAAGAGAGCGUCGGGCGAUUUCACCGCGCUGCACUACGCGGCACGAACCGGGGUGGUGGAUUGCGUCAAGUGGUUGCUGGAGCUUGGGGUGGAUAAGUCGAUCAGGUCGACCAAGGCGAGAGUGCCAUUCAAGGUUAUGGGGACAGCGGCGGAUGUUGCUAGAGCACAUGGAACCGCCGAGGUUGCUGAGUUAAUCGAAAAGUACAAGACAGGUGCAGGGUACUAGAAAGGAACAGAAAAAGUAACGGGGAUGGGGACAGGUGAAUUCCAUCCUUCUCGAGCAAGGCAUAUAUAUAUAUAUAUGUAUAUAUGUACGGAAACCGGAAACAGGUCUACCACAGUUGCCCCUUGCUCUCUCGAGGGCUCAGUUUGGGGGACACUGCGUGAUAGCGGUGUUUUGCAAACAUUAAGGGGGUCAAAGGAUGCAUGUCAUCAAGUUCAUUCCGCCAAGACCGUCCUGCUAAGUCGCGUCUAUCUAAACCGACUGCCUAACCAUUGUCCGCAAGUCCCUUUCCCGGGCCGUUGGGUAAUGAAUGAUGUCUUAAUCGCAGGACAAUGAGACUGGCCGCCCAUUCUCCUUCUUGUCUCUUCUUCAUGUCUAAUUAUAAUGAUGUUGCUGGCACUUUAGCAAUGCCUUCUCUCUUCCAUAGCCAAUGUCAAAAAUCCGGUGGUUCUCUCAAUGUCGUGGUAUCGUGCCGUAUAACUCAGGACAACGCUCAACAGACAGGUAGGCGCCCACCGCAACAACUACCCAAAGCUGCCCACCGCCGGCUAUCCA